AACGCUGGCUCCUCACCGGUUAAGCGAGUUAUUCCCUUUCCCGGUUGUUCCGGUCGGCAUUUUGAAAGGGAUAGAGAGAUGGGGGGGUAGGGGGAUAGAUAAUGUGGAUCCCCCCUUUACUAUGUUCCUCGGUGUUUUUCACUCUAGAAAAUUAACCGGUAACGUCACCCGCAAACAUAACCUCCACAGUCUAUGAAAUGCUCGCCUGAUAACGCAGGUUGCUCCCCCCUUACGUUACCCAGCGAAUGUUCACCGUGAGAAAGAAGAAACCCCCCACAGUCCUCCCGACUCAAAGGAGCUGUUUGAACAGUGGGACGGAGAGGGAGCUCGAGACUCUACACCAGCUCCAGCUCCAGCUGCCAUCCUACUCCUGCUCCUCCCCCUCCUGUUCCUCCUCCACCAGAACCACUUCUCUUUCUCAUCACAUCCAGAGCAGAGUAUUUUGGAGAUGUGAGGAAUAUAAAGAGAUUGGUGAUAUUGAGCAGCCUGUGCAUUGACACGACCUCUUGACCUCAUCUUCAGCAUGAAUGGUGAUAUGCCUCAUGUUCCCAUCACUACACUUGCUGGAAUUGCUAGCCUGACAGACUUAUUGAACCAGCUGCCAUUGCCUUCUCCUCUCCCUGCCACCACUGCUAAGAGUCUGCUCUACAAUGGAAGGAUCUCUGAAGAGGUCAGCAGCCUGCUGGUGUGUCGGGACGAGAAUCUGGUAACUCAGCUGGCACAUAGUCUUAACCAGGUCUCUACUGAACACAUAGAGUUGAAGGACAACUUGGGAAAUGAUGAACCUGAGGGUGACAUGCCAAUGCUUCUACAAACUUUGCUGUCCAGGAACCCCAAAAUCUUCAGGGACAAAAGUGUAAUGCAACAGCCAAUGAUGCAACAGUAUAAGAUGUCCCAGAAUCAGGUUCAUGGGAGUCCAGGAUCAAACUUUCAGCAAACCACUGUCCCCCAAAGCCCUCCUGGAUGCUUUAAUUCCCCACAGUCUGGAUCAGGUGCUCGGUUUGUACAGAACAGUCCUAUACCCAGUCCCUAUACUCCUCAGAGUCCUGCAGACUACAUGCAGUACAAUCCACCUAGUUAUUCUCAACACCAACAGACACAGCAAGUUAGAAACAUCCAUGACAACAAGGUCUCUGGUCAGCUUUCAAGUACUUCAUCUAAUCAGAAUGCGAGACUAGGCUCCGAUGAAGACUACAUCAACAUGGCUCACAGACUGGGAAAUGAGGAGAAUAACCCCUCCAUGAGGGUUGCCGCGUUUCCAGUUAAAUCACCACAGUCUGUGUGUUCCCCUGCUGGAAGUGAAGAGACUGCAAAAAAAGGCUCCAGGCCUCCCCUUAUCAUGCAGUCCCCUCCACUUGAUGUGCCACCAGGUGCGGCACCUGACCGGCUACUCACCUCCGCCGACCGCAAAAAGAAGCAGAAAGAAAGGAGUAAAGAAGAAACUGAGCAGAUGGACACAAAUGCCUCGUAUGACAUUGUUAGUUCUCCAUCAAAAGAGUCUGCCAGGCUGACUUUAAAACUGUCCCGAGUGAAGUUUUCAGACAUGGAUCAAUCUGCAGAACUUCCUCUUAGGCCACGUGUCGACUCAGACCAUGAAACUGAUUUGCUGAAUAAUAGUAAUCAAUUUUUAAGGACUGUCCAGGACUUAUCACACACAAUUGGUGCUGUGGAGCAGGAAAACUGUCAGCAGGUUCCUGUUCAGCAAAACACCAAGGAGUCUGGAGUCGUCAGUGGGGUUGUGUUUGAUGAUGCUGAGAUAGACACACUUGCAGAGAUUGAGAGAAUAGAACGUGAGUCGGCCAGUGAGAGAGAACGGUGGUCUAAAGAAGUCCAGGAUAAAGAUAAGCCACUGAAGAAACGGAAGCAAGACUCGUAUCCUCAGGAAUCCGGAGCUGACUCAAGUGACGGGCCUACUGUACAAGGUGGAAACACUGACAGCAAGUUGACACCCAGGAAGACGAAUUCUGCAAGUAACGGUGCCAGUCGGCCUGCUUUGAUGGUCAGUAUUGAUCUGCAGCAAGCUGGCAGAAUGAUAGGACAGCCUGUAGUGGUCUUGGAAGCACAGAAGCUGUGUGAGGACCACCUACGGCAACUAAAGUCAAAGACUGAUGGAAAGAUAGAUAACGUCGUUGAAAAGAGACCUGGGAUCAUCAAUCAGCAUGCUGAGAACCCCAGGAAGUCUGGCUCAGAUGGGCAACCAGAAACCCCCAAACAGAAGCAGGAGAGUCGACGUGAAUCCAAACACAGACAUGACGGCAAAACUAUCAGUGGCAAGGGACAUUCAGUUGACAGAUGGCCAGACGCGCCACGUCAGAAACAUGACAAGCAUUCAGACUUGCGCAACAAAGAGGAAAAGAACCACAACAGUCACCGAUUGCAUGUCAGCCAACUUGAGACUCCAAAAACCCUGAGCAAGAUGGAGCGUAACUCCAAACAUGGAGAAGACAAAGUCAGGGAUAGAGAUAGGGCUAAGGACAAAGAUAGAGAAAGGGAUAAGGACAGAGAUAAAGAUAAAGAUAGAGAAAGGGCUAAGAUCAGAGAUAAAGAAAAAGAUAGAGAUAAGGACAGAGAUAAAGAAAAAGAUAGAGAUAGGGAUAAGGACAGAGAUAAAGAGAAAGAUAGAGAUAGGGAUAAGGACAGAGAUAAAGAAAAAGAUAGAGAUAGGGAUAAGGACAGAGAUAAAGAUAAAGAUAGAGAAAGGACUAAGGAUAGAGAUAAAGAAAAAGAUAGAGAUAGGGAUAAGGACAGAGAUAAAGAUAGGGAUAGGGACAGAGAUAAAGACAGGGAUAAGGACAAAGACAGAGAAAGGGAUAAAGAUAAAGAUAGGGAUAAGGAAAGGGAAAAGAAGCACAAGAUGUUGAGGGAAAACUGCAACAGACACUCUCCUGACCGGCAUACUAAACCUGACAGCCCUAGAGUUAAGCAAGACGGAAGCAGAAAAUCCACUGACCUCAAUGGGCGACAGAGGACAGACAGUUCCAGCCUUCAAAACUCCCAAAAUAAGAAAGAGAGGAAAAGUGGGGAUGGCAACAUUAGCUGCCCAGCUGGAAACAAAACACAGUCUUUGGAGACAAAUCUCAAUGAGUUCCCCUCGUACCUGAUGGGUGGCAAGUCAGGAAGUCUGAAGAACUUUGUGAUUCCUAAAUUGAAACGGGAUAGAAAAGAUAAAGAUCCCCAACUUCCAGAGCAAUUGAUAGAGGGCUGGGGCAUUCCCCUGGUCAGGCUGGAGAGAGUGUCAUUGGUUGAUAACUUAAACAAAGGAGCAAAACCUGUUGUUGUGCUCAACAAACUCAGUAUUGAUGAGGUGAAAAGGAUCAUAAAGGAAAGCAGGCAUGCACCCAGCUCCAGAUCCAAGAACUUCUUUGACAAAUCAGGGAGAGAGAUUCUUUUUUGUGAGAAGACAAACAAACGAAAGCACAGCACGAUCAGUAAGAAAUCAAAGUACACUGAGGUGGAUGAAGAUGAAGAUGAUGAGAACGAUGAUGACGACUCUGGCAAUGAGUCUGCUAAGAAAAGGUACAAAAAACAUAACGACAAGGCAUGGAAACCGGAAGAGAGGAAGGGUUCUGGUGAUCAACGGGGGUUCGGCAGUCGCCACCGUGAACCAAGUGAUUCGGAUGAAAGCUGCCCACCACCAAGCCUGAGUGACGCUGCCAGAAAAUCAAAGAAAAAGGAGAAACAGAAAAACAGGAAAGCGUAUGAUUCCAAGCUGACAACUGAGGAAAAGAUGGAUUCCUCCACAUUUAAAAGAUUCACGGCCAGCAUGGACAGCAUUAUCGAGAGCCUCGAGGACGUGGACCUCACUGCCACAAAUGAGGAGGAGAUACCUGAAGAGCUCUUACUUGGAAAACACCAGUUAAGCGAGCUAGGCAGUGAUUCUGCUAAGAUCAAAGCUAUGGGCAUCUUUAACAAGGUUUCAACUAAUAAACUGGUGAAAAUGUUGAAUAUCCUGGAGAAGAACAUUAAGGACAGCGUCAAACUUUCCACACUAAUGAAUCAUGAUAAUGAUUCCAUGGAUGAGGAGCGGUUAUGGCGUGACCUUAUCAUGGAGCGGGUGGCUAAGUCUGCUGAUGCCUGUCUGACUGCACUCAACAUCAUGACAUCUCCACACAUGCCCAAGGCUGUUUAUAUAGAGGAUGUGAUUGAGAGGGUGUUGCAGUACACCAAGUUCCAUCUGCAAAACUCUUUGUACCCUCACUAUGACCCGGUCUACAGAGUGGGUGGCAUGUAUACUUCAAAGUCCAAGAGAGCAAAGAGUUCCACCCACAAACAGAAGGUGGUAGUUAUGCUCUACAACAAAGUGUGUGAUAUUGUCAGCAACAUCUCAGAGCUCCUGGAGAUCCAGCUUCUAACUGACACCACUAUUCUCCAGGUGUCCACCCUGGGUAUUACACCAUUUUUUGUGGAGAAUGUCAGUGAACUGCAGUUAUGUGCAAUCACACUGGUCACAGCAGUGUUCUCUCGUUACGAGAAGCACAGGCAGCUCAUUCUUGAAGAGAUCUUCACCUCCCUGGCUAGACUGCCUACUAGUAAACGCAGCUUAAGGAACUUUAGGCUCAACAGCACUGAUUCGGAUGGAGAGCCCUUGUAUAUCCAGAUGGUCACAGCACUGGUUCUUCAGCUCAUCCAGUGUGUGAUUCACCUUCCCUCAGACAGAGAUGCAGAGGAUGAACAUAAUAAGAAGAUGGAUAAAGAUGUCUUUAUCACAAACACUUAUGAAACUGCCAUGAGGACAGCUCAGAACUUCCUGUCAGUGUUUCUCAAAAAGUGUGGUAGUAAGCAGGGAGAGGAGGACUACAGGCCGCUGUUUGAGAAGUUUGUUCAUGACCUGCUGUCCACAGUCAACAGGCCUGAGUGGCCUGCAGCGGAACUGCUGCUCAGUUUACUGGGCCGGCUGUUGGUGCACCAGUUCAGUAACAAGCAGACAGAAAUGGCGCUCAGGGUGGCAUCGCUGGACUACCUCGGCACUGUCGCUUCUCGCUUGCGUAAAGACGCUGUCACUAGCAAAAUGGACCAAAAGGCUGUUGACCGCAUCCUCAAAGAGACUGAAGGUAGUAAUGAGAUCCAGCAACUCCAGAAGGCCUUGCUGGACUUCCUAAAUGAGCACAUUGAGACGGAUCCAUCUCUAGUGUUUUCCAGGAAAUUUUAUAUUGCCCAGUGGUUCAGGGACACUAUAAGUGAGGCAGAGAAAGCGAUGAAGUCUCAAAAUGACGAUGAGGACUUGAAAGGUCGACAUCAUUCCAUGGACGAUGACUCAACUGAGGAGAUUAUGCAGAGGGCUGAGAAACGAAAGAAAUUCCUCCGCAAGGUCAUGAAAACGUCCACAUCAAAUUUCAGUUCUCUGGGGAUAAACUCUAACACUGUGGACUAUGAGGACGCAUGUUUGAUUGUCAGAUAUCUGGCCUCCAUGAGGCCGUUUGCACAGAGCUUUGAUAUUUAUUUAUCACAGAUUCUGAGAGUGCUGGGUGAGAGUGCCAUCGCAGUCAGAACUAAAGCCAUGAAGUGUCUGUCUGAGGUAGUAGCUGUGGAUCCAAGUAUUCUGGCACGGUUGGAUAUGCAGCGCGGGGUUCACUGUCGCCUCAUGGACAACUCCACCAGUGUGCGAGAGGCAGCCGUGGAGCUACUUGGUCGUUUUGUGCUAAGUCGACCGGAGCUUAUUGAGCAGUACUAUGACAUGCUCAUUGAAAGGAUAUUGGACACAGGUAUUAGUGUAAGGAAGAGGGUCAUAAAGAUCUUGAGGGAUAUUUGCCUGGAGCAGCCAGACUUCCACAAGGUCACCGAGAUGUGUGUCAGGAUGAUCCGAAGGGUCAACGAUGAGGAGGGGAUCAAGAAACUAGUGAACGAGACAUUCCAGAAAAUCUGGUUCACCCCCACACCCAGUCAUGACAAAAAUGCCAUGACCCGGAAGAUCCUGAACAUCACAGAUGUGGUGUUGGCAUGUAAAGACACAGGCUAUGACUGGUUUGAGCAGCUUCUCCAAAAUCUACUAAAGUCAGAAGAGCAAGCUUCGUACAAACCUGCCAAGAAGGCCUGUGUUCAAUUGGUGGACAAUCUAGUUGAACACAUACUGAAAUAUGAGGAGUCUCUUGCAGACUGUGAGGACAAAGGGGAUAACUCAGGUCGCCUGGUAGCAUGCAUCACCACUCUCUACCUGUUCAGCAAGAUCAGAGCACAGUUAAUGGUCAAACAUGCCAUGACUAUGCAACCCUACUUGACCACCAAGUGCAAUACUCAAAAUGACUUCAUGGUGAUCUGUAACGUGGCAAAGAUCCUGGAGCUGGUCGUGCCUCUGAUGGAACACCCAAGUGAGACUUUCCUCACUACCAUAGAAGAAGACCUGAUGAAGCUCAUCAUCAAAUACGGCAUGAUGGUGGUACAGCACUCCGUAAGCUGUCUUGGUGCUGUUGUCAACAAGGUCACGCACAACUACAAGUUUGUCUGGGCUUGUUUCAAUCGCUACUAUGGAGCACUGGCAAAACUGAAGACACAGCACCAAGAGGACCCCAACAGCUCCAGUCUGGCUGCUAACAAACCUACUCUCUUACGCUCACUCUUCACUGUGGGGGCUCUCUGUCGGCACUUUGAUUUUGACCAAGAGGAGUUUAAGGGUUCUAACAAAAUUGUCAUCAAAGACAAGGUGUUGGAGCUUCUGUUGUACUUCACCACUCAUAACGAUGAAGAGGUCCAGAUCAAGGCCAUUAUAGGUCUAGGCUUCCAGUUCAUCAUGCACCCAGAGCUCAUGUUUGUGCAGGAUGUGAAGGUUCUGUAUAACAACACUCUGUCAGAUGAAACCAGUUCGGUCAAUCUGAAGAUCCAGGUGCUGAAAAACCUGCAGACUUACCUGCAAGAGGAGGACUCUCGAAUGCAGGAGGCCGAUCGCGAAUGGAAGAACCAAUCCAAGCAGGAGGAUCUGAAAGAAAUGGGGGAUAUCUCAUCAGGCAUGAGCAGCUCCAUAAUGCAGAUUUACCUGAAGCAGGUGCUGGAGUCUUUCUUCCACUCCCAGUCCACUGCUCGGCACUUUGCCCUGAAUGUCAUUAUACUGACUCUCAGCCAGGGCCUCGUCCAUCCUGUACAGUGUGUGCCGUACUUGAUUGCCAUGGGAACAGACCCUGAGCCAACCAUGAAGAACAAGGCUGAUCAACAGCUGGCAGAGAUUGACAAGAAAUACUCAGGCUUUAUCCAUAUGAAGGCCGUAGCAGGGUUGAAGAUGUCUUAUCAGGUGCAACAGGCCAUACAUGGUUCUAAAGACGCAGUGAUUCGAGGUUUUCGUCACGAUGACUCAGACUCUGCUCUCUGCUCUCAUCUAUACACUUUGGUCCGUGGGAACCGACAACACAGACGGGCUUUCCUCAUUUCCCUGCUCAACCUGUUUGAUGACAGCUCCAAAACCGAGGUGAACAUGCUGCUGUUCAUAGCAGACAACUUAGCCUGCUUCCCCUACCAGACCCAGGAGGAGCCUCUUUUCAUCAUGCACCAUGUAGACAUUACUCUGUCUGUCUCUGGUAGUAAUCUGCUCCAGUCUUUCAAGGAGUCUUUGCGGAAAGAGCCUUUACAGGAGGAAAAGUGCAUGGAGACGAUAAAGAAAAAGAAGAAGAAGAAGAAGAAGAAGCUUCAGAGGAGAAAACACAGCUCUGAUGAUGAUGAUGAUGAUGAAGAUGAGGAUGAUGAGCAGAGCAGUAGCACAUCCAGCAGCAGUGAUGAGGAUGAUGAGGUGGUCCACAGGCAAAAAAAACCUGCGACUUGUGAUUCUGACGGUGACAUGGACGAUGAGGAUGCAGUGAUGCAUCGUCUACCCGAAAACUCCAUUCCUCUGCUGGACUUUGCCAGUUCUUCACAGGGCAUUCUGCUGCUGCUGGUGCUAAAACAACAUCUGAAGAAUCUGUAUGGCUUCUCAGAUAGCAAAGUCCAGAAAUAUUCCCCGACGGAGUCUGCCAAGGUAUACGACAAGGCAGUUAAUAGAAAGUCUAAGGUGCACUUCAACCCUCGACAGACACUGAAUUACCUGAAGAAUGACCUAGCCAACAUGGAUCUCAGCCACGACACCAAGAGGAACAUUGUGAAACAGUAUUUGGAUUUCAAGGUUCUAAUGGAGCACUUGGAUCGCGACGAAGAGGACGAGGAGGGUGAAGCAAGUGCUAAUGCCAGAAACAAAGCCAUUACAUCACUGCUGAAGGUCCCAAAAUCUUUGAACAACAACCACAAUAAUCACACUGCUCCAGCGGAGACAGACGAGGAGGAGAGUGAGGAUGAAGAGCCCCCUUCGCGAAAACCAAGGAAAGGCAGGGAGUCCGCAGAGGAUACAGGUCACCUGAAUGAGAGAGUAAAGGCCAUGGACGUCAUUGCCAUCUGCUGUCCCAAAUACAAAGACAGACCACAGAUUGCCAGGGUCAUCCAGAGGAUCAAAACUGGCUACAGUAUACACUGGAUGACUGGAUCUUAUUCUGGACCCUGGGCUGAGGUAAAGAAACGGGACGGUCGCAAAAAGGUGCCUUGGGUUGACACUAUCAAGGAGUCAGACAUUAUUUACAAGAAAAUAUCUUUGACAAGUGGACACAAGCUAUCGAACAAAGUGGCACAGACGUUACGGGCGCUAUACGCUGCCAAGGACGGGGACUAAAAGAAUUAAUCAACUGAAAUCACUUAGACAGACUGCCCAAAUCUAUGUGGAUCCAAUAUGUUGCAGAGAGAAAAUGAAACAUCUUUAGUUUUAAGGACCAGAUGGAGGAAAAGUAUUGUAAACACUGAUCUGUCUUAAUACAGACAUGUUUAAGUUAAACACAAGAAAAACACGAGAAGGAAAUGUUUAGGCAAACAUUGUGUGGGAGUUCCUUCGCUGUUGUGCAGCAACUUCGUUGUUUGAUUUUUACUCCCACUGUAUCAUAGUUUAACUAAACACAUGUUUAUAUCUGAACAUAAUUCUGUAAAAAAAAACAAAAAAAAACUGAAUGUUGGAAAUUAGUGUGUUGAUGAUGAUGUUCUUAAUAAAGUGUUUUUGGAGUUUAAACUAACACCAGAUGGAUUUAUUCACUAUUCAUUGUUGACCUGAGCUCCAGGUCAAUAAUGAAGCACCAACAACUUUCUUUUCUUUUUUUUUUUCUUGCUUUGAACAUUUUGUUGUUUACCCACACUGUGUAAUGAAGUAUCUUUGAUAUCAUUUAUUUAUGUCAAGAGCAGUGCAGUAUCUGUGCCUAUAUGCAGGGGAAGUUAUAUUGUUUUUAAUAUAGAUUUUGAUGUUAUAAUGUAGAACAUCGCAAGAAAAAAGUUAUCCCUCGCUCUUCUGGUGGAACAAAUACUGCAAUAAAUUUUUCUUAUGUCUUUGUUA